AUGCAAUUCGUGGAGCCAAAUCCUGAAUCUCAAAAACAUUCAAAGCAUAUGUAUACAAGUAAAUGUAUCGAUGUAGAAGAGAUCACUAAAAAGAUUUCAAAAAUUAGCGAUCCAAUGGAUAGUGAAAUUUCUGGCAGCGCGAAAAUACCUAUAAGUAAAUUGAUUGAUCUAGUUGAGAUUACUGAAAAGUACUGA